AGAUGGGUAGAGUGUUAACAAUUAGGUACUAUACCCCAACGAAUCGAAACUCACGAGGAACAAAAAAAUACUACAAACCGUGGCCAAUCUUAGGCCCUCACUUUUUCGUAAAGCCAAAUACAGAUGUCUCACCACGCGACACGAAGCUCGAGUGGGGGCGACUCUAUUGCGAAGAGGAGAAAGAUCCGGAAGGGAACUCAUAGUUGUUGGGAAUGCAGAAGGAGGAAGACUCGUUGCCAAUAUGCGUCGGCUACAGCUUCCAUCUGCGCUGGCUGUGAGGCCCGGGGGACGGUCUGCUUAAGCCAGGAGUUUCCGGACGAGCAACCCCUAGCUUCGGAUAAGGGGCUAUCGCAGAGACUAAGUAGGGUAGAGGGUCUGUUAGAGAAACUCGUGGAGCAUACUACGUAUCCUUCUUAUACUCCUAGCCAAGUAGGCGGGCCCCUUACUUCCUCCGUCUCGGCCGAAGACGAACUGGAUUCGUCACCCAACAUGCUUCGUCCGUCUACGGCCGAGCACCCCCCCGUCGCGGAUAUCUUCGACGCUCUGCGUGGAGAUAACGGGUCUAGCGCUUCCAUCCAGACGUCUUUCGUGCCGACCGUAGUAUCGACGCAGGCCGAGCUGGUGUCCACCCUCCCUGCCAAAUUUGCCCGGAUAUCGAAGACCCUCCAUGCGAUGUUCCCAUGCCAGCACGACAUCGAUACUAUACUGGCAGUGGGCUCCGGCGCGGUAUUCGUCGUAGCAUACUUCAAUGGCUACGAGGCCCCAUAUGAGUCACCAUCUACCGUCUCGGAAGUCCCGCCUGUGUCGAGUCACCCUGCCUUGCUAGCGAAGCGCUUAAUGCAGCUUACUCUCUGCAUUCAGAGGAUAUCUAAGGGGAAGUUUCCGAAAAAUCUAAUCUCGAGAGAGCCCAUCCGAGCUCAGAUAGGCAGAUAUGUCAACGUGGUUUCGGACCUUGUUGCUUCUAAUGAUGACCUCGUCGGCUCUGCUGAAGGUCUCGAGACACUCACUUUACUUUCGUUAUAUCAUUCCAACGUGGGCAAUUUACGUAAGUCCUGGCUAGUCCUCCGGCGCGCCCUCGCCGUCAUUCAGCUCAUGGGUGCGACUAGAUGGUCGGACGACAAGCCACUGAAGUCGAUCGACCCGCGAUCGGACCCGGUGACUCGCUCCCGAGGUAGUGCGUUAUGGCAUCGCAUGAACUUCUCUGAUCGUUACUUGUCUCUACUCCUCGGCCUUCCUGCCGCCAGCGAAGACGAUUCAUUUGCUACCCCUGGGCUACUCGACGCCGACCUCCCAGCAGAUAAGCUUAGCAAACUGCACUGUGUCAUCAGCGGCGCCAUCAUUAAGCGGAAUGCGAGCUAUCAUGGAAAAGGGACGGCAGCUCUGGAUGCCAGCUUUGUUGCAACCCAAGCUAUUGACCGCAGCCUCGAUGCUGCUGCUAAGUCCGUGGGCGCAGAGUGGUGGCAGCCAGUAAAGCCUCCCGAUACAACCACCGCAACAUCAAAAGAGCUGAUAGACGCCCACACGCACGUAAUGAUGCAGAUGAAUCAUUACCACCUGCUCACCCUACUCCAUCUACCUUAUUUUAUCCGCGACCCUAAAGAACGCCGCUGGGACUACAGCAAGACAACAUGUCUCCAUGCCUCGCGCAAGGUUCUUGAAGCCUACCUCGUCUUCCGCCAUCUCACCGACGCGGCCGGAGCCUGUCGCCACACCGACUACGGUGCGCUAACGGCCUCCAUGACGCUACUCCUAGGCUACCUGGACCCCAAGCUGCGAUCGCGCGACCCCCAAACAAGCUACCAGCGCAGCGCCGACCGCAAACUGGUCCUCGCAGUUCGAAACGUCAUGCAGGAGGUAGCAGAGAGAGAUGACGACAAGCUAUCGCGCGAGACCUCCGAUAUAAUCACGCGCCUGCUACCCCUGACGGAUGUCGACUUGACGGCCAGCAGCUCCAGUAGCCUCGACGCUCCCGUGCGCCUUGAGAUUCCGUAUCUAGGAACCAUUAAUAUCAACCCGGUCAGCAGGCGGAUGCAACAGGACCGACCCCAGCUUCCGCAGGAUGGUCCCUAUACUCCAUCAGCACCAGCCAACUCUAAUAACAAGAGACACGCAAAACAGGAUCGUCCUCAGAGAUCAACAACCAUACCCGAAAACGUAUAUGCAAAUAACGAUCCUAAUACUACCCCAAUAGACCCCAGUUUACAGCAGCAACCCCUCGAAGCCCCUCUGACCUUUUUGAACUCUCUCGGGGAAGAUGCUAAUUUCUCCUUCAUGCAAUUCGAGCCCGCGGAUCCGUCAGGCCCGUAUCAAUUACCAGAGCUUGCGGCGGACAUGGACGAAUGGACAUUCCAAGGCUUCGACGCCAAUUUCUUCGAAAACCUAUUUUCGUAAUGACAUUGCUCCUGCUAUAAUUUGAGCACCUAGCGGUUUCACUUCAGGCACGUCAAGAAUAUGGACUUGCCAUGGGGUAGGUAAUUCGCACGUAUAUGUAUAUGUAUAUGUAUAUAUAAUUUUUUUGGACUGUCUCAGAGACACCCCGGGAAGUAGAAACAUAUGUACAAGAAUUUUGUCCUAGCGUAUAUAGCCGUUAAUCCUAAGAUUACUCAAGUCAGUCUAUGGUAGGGUAAUGAUCUGUCCUCCGGUAUUCUGAGGCG